AUGUGCGGAAUCAGUGCCUUGCUUUCACUUGAAGGCCGCCCCGUAUCUUCGACGGAGAAACACCUCGCAUCUCUUGAUGAUCAGCUCAGUGAGAGUUUAGACACGAUUCAACAUCGUGGACCCGAUGCGCGGGGUCAAUGGGUUAGUGAAGAUGGUAAAGUUUAUCUCGGACACGUCCGGCUCUCCAUCGUUGACCUGAGCCCACGGGGUAAUCAGCCAUUUCACGACAAUAUAGACGAUGUACACGCAGUCGUGAAUGGUGAAUUAUACGAUGAUGAACACUAUCGAAAACUACUUGGUGACGAAUACGAUUUUCAAAGUCUAAGCGACUGCGAGGUCGUGCUGGCUCUUUAUCGCCACUAUGGUCUAUCUUUCCUGUCGCAUCUUCGGGGUGAAUUUGCGCUCAUCUUAUGGGAUGCCCGUCGAAAGGUAUUCAUUGCUGCGCGAGACCGGUUUGGAGUCAAGUCGCUCUAUUACACCAUUGUCAACGGCCAGCUUCUCGUUGCAACUGAGAUGAAAUGCUUCCUUCCAUUUGGGUGGAAACCCGAGUGGGAUGUUCAAAGUCUCAGAGAGUGUGGCUGGAUGUUUGGUGCUGGAACGAUGUUCAAGGGGGUCCAUUCGAUCUCUCCUGGGCAUUAUUUAAUAAGCAGGGGCUUUAAACCCAUUCAAGAUGUUGUCUACUGGGAUGCUGAGUAUCCAGAUAAGAGGAACCCCGACACUAGAUCCGAAGCGGAGAUGGUAGAUAAUGUACGGGAUCGCCUUAUGGAAGCCAUUAAGAUUCGUCUUCGCGCUGAUGUACCAUUGGGAAUUUAUCUCAGUGGCGGAAUCGACUCCUCUGCGGUGGCUGGCAUGGUCGCUCACCUAGUCAAGGAAGAGGGUGCUAGAUUGGGAAACGACAAUAGCCAUCUUUUGUCACGGAUCAAAUGCUUCACGGUGCGGUUUGAUAAAGACAGCGGAGCAGAUGAGUCCGAUAUUGCACAGCGCACGGCUGAAUGGCUGGGUGUCGACUUCCAUCCAGUACACAUUACCGAGGAUGUUAUUGUUUCAAAAUUUGAGGAUACAAUCUGGCACAGUGAAACCCCCCUGCCGGACACAAAUGGCAUUGGGAGGCUUGCCAUGGCCGAGGUUGCCAAGUCCCAUGGAAUGAAAGUCAUUCUAACAGGAGAGGGUUCCGAUGAGCAUUUUGGAGGGUAUGCAGAACUGAGGCACGAUUUCAUGCUUGAAACCGACCCCUCAUGGCCCGACUCGCUAUCGGAGACAGCACUUGCAGAACUAGCACAAAAGCAGAAAAUGACACUUCCAACAGCAGCCGACUUUCUGAACAUAAAGAGAACACCCGUGUCAACGCAGAGAAUGCUCAACCAUACUUCAAUUCUAACAGUGCUAUCGUCACUCGGUCGCCUACCUUUUGCUGAAUGGACGAACAAAUUUGCCACCACUUUUCCCGAGACUGCGCAGGUAGAAAGUCUGAAUGGACAGGUUCGGGAAGCUAUUAUGAACCGUUGGCACCCCCUUCAUACUGCAGAAUAUGUCUUUACGAAAGGCUUUUUCUCCAACUUGUUACUUCGGUAUCUUGGUGAUAAUAUCGACAUGGUCCACCACGUUGAGACAAGACCUCCAUUUCUAGAUCACCACUUCACCGAGUACGCAAAUGGUCUACCACCUAGUCUGAAGAUCAAAUGCUCAUCGAAGGAUGGAUCUACAACGGAGAAAUACAUCUUACGAGAGGCAGUGCGCCCCUUCAUCACUGAUGAGAUCUAUACACGGACGAAAAAGCCGUAUCUCGGACCAACAAAGUUCCCAGAGAAUGGGCCACUGCACCAAUUGUUCCUCCGGCUGACUUCUCGGGAGAAUAUAGACGCUUUGGGGUUCGUGGACUGGGAAGGAGCACGAGAGCAUAUCCGAAGAGCGUUUGAAGAAAAGGAUAUGAUAUCUUUCCGAGCUGCUUUUGCUAUUAGUCAAUUUGUGGUCCUUUCUCGGAAAUUCGGGGUUGCCCGAGCUAUCGCCUGA